AUGGUAUUUUAUGAAGUAGACACUACAACAACUUUAGCAAAACAGGAUAUAGGUGAUGUAAUCAACAAUUGUGAAGAGAACUUCUUAGCAACACCGCCAACUGCCCCACGUCUUUUGUAUGUUGUUGUGAACUUCGACACCAAUUUUCUUACUACUAUCAAAAAAUUACUGAAUCCACAAUACAAGAGUGCUUUCAGUAUACCGCUGGGAAAGCUACGAGUGAAUGUGCCGGAUAGGUUCUUUGACCCCGAAGACACGCAUUGUGAAAUGGUAACUAUUGAUAACAUCAACAUAGAGGAAACUGACGUGAUAUCAGCCAUUGAAGAGCUGAGCUCGAACUCGGCAACGGGUCCUGAUGGAUUCCCUGCACUUCUCCUAAAGAAAUGUAAAAGAGCUCUAGCUAGACCGCUUCAAAUCCUUUUCCAGGAGUCCCUCAGGAUGGGGAAACUCCCCAAAAAACUAAAAGAGGGAAUAAUAUGCCCUAUCCAUAAGGGAGGAAGCAGGGCAGAGGCUAGGAAUUAUAGACCUGUCUCCCUGACCUCCCACGUCAGUAAAGGCAUGGGACACAUUGUCAGGAAGAGAUUGAUUGAGUUCCUUGAGGACAAUGACCUGCUCUCUGAUACCCACCAUGGUUUUCGCCCGGUAAGGAGCUGUCUUACACAGCUUCUGCGACACUAUGACUGGGUACUGAAGCAAUUAAUGAACUGCUCAAAAGUGGAUGUGGUAUAG